AUGUGGGCAUUGUUAGUAAACUUUGAUCCAAUAUUUGCUGCUGCUGUUAAAAAAUUAAAUAAUGAAGCAACAACAGAAACAACAUCUGAAACACUUCAAGUAUUUAUUAAUGAAUUUCUUGAGGCAUUUGGUCCAUAUUAUGUUUUGAGUGUCAUUGUUGGUUUUGAAGCAAAUGUCUACACAUAUUCUAACGAAGUGUUCCAUAAGGAACACGAUUAUUCUAAAGUUGAAGAACAAGUAUCAUUAACAUUUUUUUAUGAAAAAUUUAAACUAUCUGGUGACGAUCAAUGGAAAGAUAUUUAUAAUAGAAUGAUGGAAGAUUAUAAGCCAAACUUUAUAGUAAAUUCCGUUUUUCAUCCACCAGUUAAAAGUGAACCAGGACAACUAGAUUGGAUUGUUUGGCAAAAUAAAUUCAUUAAUGAACAACCGGUUGUAAUUAAUCGUACAAUAGCACCUAUCAGAAAUUUAUUAAUGAAAUACCCAAUUGUACGACAACACGUAUAUGAAACAACAGAAUUCUAUCUGACUAAUGGUUAUUAUCCAACGUUAAAACAAUUACGACAAUUAAAACGAUCAGUACAAAUGGUACCUGGUACAGAUAUUGUUGGUUGUGGCUUUGAUAUUGGUGCAAGAGAAAGUAAACUAUGUUUAUUUGAUGUUGAAAAUUCAGGAACUACAACCACAUGGACACAUCCAUUUGAUCUAACAAUAACAUAUUUAAUACCAACACAUUAUUUUAUUGAAGGCACACCUGAAGCAGAUGAUAUCCAUGAAACAAUAUUUUAUAACUCGGAACAAGAAAUAUAUUAUGAAAAACGUUAUGUUAUUGAUAACGAUAGUGAUGGCUUUCUCGGUUUUGGUGGAAAACAUGAACAUAAAGAGAUUAAUCACAUUUAUAAACAAAUUUAUCAACACAGAAUGAAUUUGGGCUUAACAGAAAGAGUAAUUAAUUGGUAUAAAUUAAGCAUUAGCACAUUUCCACCACCAUCAAAGUUUAAUUCAAUAACACAAGUUGUAUUUGAUUAUUUAUCAAACUUAACAGAAUUUGACAAAACAAAUCCAAUAUGGAAACAAUGA